AUGGCAGAACCAGCUUCUACUUCUACAAUAACCCUCAAACUCCCAUCCAAAUACUCACCCCCAUUACCCAUCGCAUCAGACAACACCGCCCCGUCCAUCGACUGGCUCUCGCGAACAUGGACCGUCACGCACUCAACCCUCUCCAUGUGGCGCGACGCGCGCAACGUCCGCAUCACCUACACGCCCCUCCCGCCUAAACCCGACGGCCGUCUGCGCAUCGACGACCUCGUCGAGUACGAGCCCGCCAACAAGAGCGGCGUCCUCAAGUCCGUGGCCGGCGUCGACACCCAGAGCGUCGGCGGCGGCGGCUGGGACUGGCGCGGCAAGGGCUGGCUGUUCUUUGUGGGCAGCCAUUGGGAGUUGCUGGGCUGGGGGGAGGAGACGAGGGCGGAUGGAGAGACGGAGAGGUGGGCGGUGACGUGGUUCGCGCCGACGUUGUUCACCAAGGAGGGCUUGGAUGUGUACAGUGAUCGGAGGGAGGGAUUGAGCGAGGAGACGUAUGGCAAGGUGGAGGAGGCGCUGAGGGGACUGGAUGCGAAGCCGUUGGUGGACAUGGUUGCGCAGGAUAUGAGGCCGGUUGAGAUUAGGCUGCCGUGGACAGAGAAGUGA